CGACAUUAACCGGCCGGGAGGGAGGGGGGCAACAAGACUUGAAAUCGCAAGCAGGUUAUAGAAGAGCGAAAUCACGGACGAGUCGCAACCCUCGUGCUGAUUGGCUGCCUUUCUCAAACAUUAACCCCGGGGACAGUGUAUCUCUCAUAGUUUUUUUUUUUUUUAAUGAGUUAGAGCAUCUCACCCGGGCUUCUUCGGUGCAUUCACUGCUGUGGUGCACAGAGAGUGGUUUGAAAAUGCCCAAAGCUGGGAAUCCACAGCCGGCCAGCACGGCUGCAGUGAGCAGUAAGGAGGAGGAGGUCGCCUCUCAGUCGAGCUCCACUUCAGGUUCAAGCUGCACUGCUUGUUUAAGAUGCUUCCGACGCGUGAUCCCGGUUGGUUUCAAAGAAGAGUUAUACCAGCUGUCAUGUUUGGCAGGGCCAGUGUUUGUGUCUCAGCUGAUGAUUUUUUUGAUCGGAUUCGUCAGCACCGUUUUUUGCGGCCAUCUGGGAAAACUAGAACUAGCUAGUGUUGCACUCUCCAUAGCGGUCAUAAAUGUUUCAGGCAUUUCUGUGGGAACCGGUUUAGCUUCAGCAUGUGACACGUUAAUAUCGCAGACGUACGGCAGUGGGAACUUGAAGCGAGUGGGAGUGAUUCUGCAAAGAAGCAUCCUCAUUCUACUGCUGUUCUGCUUCCCUUGUUGGGCUCUUUUAAUAAACACUGAAUCCCUUUUACUGGCUGUGAGGCAGAACCCAGAGGUGGCCAGGAUGUCCCAGCUGUACGUGAAGAUAUUCAUGCCCGCUCUUCCUGCAACAUUUAUUUACCAGUUACAAGGUCGCUAUCUGCAGAAUCAGGGUAUAAUCUGGCCUCAAGUAAUCACUGGUGCAAUUGGGAAUGUUAUAAAUGCGCUCAUAAACUACAUAUUUUUGUAUGUGCUGGACCUGGGAGUGGCGGGCUCCGCGGGGGCCAACGUAAUAUCUCAGUUCAUUCUAAUGGUUCUUCUGUUUGGGUACAUCCACUGGAAGAAGCUACAUAAAGACACCUGGGCAGGCUGGACUACAGAAUGCCUGCAGGAAUGGGGGGACUUCGUGCGCCUGGCGAUCCCCAGCAUGCUCAUGCUCUGUAUAGAGUGGUGGACUUACGAGAUCGGAGGCUUCCUCGCAGGUCUGAUCAGCGAAGUGGAACUUGGGGCUCAGUCUGUCAUAUACGAGUUGGCUUACAUUACCUACAUGGUCCCUUUAGGCAUCAGCGUGGCAGCCAGCGUGCGCGUGGGAAACGCUCUGGGUGCUGGGAACACAGAAGAGGCCAAGACCACCAGCAAAGUGGCCAUGAUGGGUGCAGGUGUGUUUGCAGUGCUGUUGGCUAUAAUAAUUGCAUCUUUGAAGGACCUGGUCGGCUACAUCUUCACCACGGAAGUAGAGAUCAUUGACUUGGUUUCAAAAGUCAUGGUUCUGUUCGCACCAUUCCACUUCUGCGAUGGGCUUGCGGGUGUCUCUGGGGGUAUUGUGAGAGGAGUUGGCAGGCAGAAGUUUGGAGCCAUCUGUAAUUUGGUUGGAUACUAUGUAGUGGGGUUACCUGUAGGAGUUUCAUUAAUGUUCGCUAUGCAUAUGGGAAUUGUUGGUCUGUGGUCAGGCAUGCUAUUGUCCGUGGCUAUGCAGGCAGUCUCCUUCAAUAUCUUCAUUGCGAAACUGGACUGGAAGAAGGUCACACAGGAGGCCCUGGUCCGAGCUGGGGUGCAGACCCUGAGAGACGGCAGAGAGAACGAGGUUCAUGUGAACGGGAUUGACAGUGCGGACCCCUCCCCAGACUCCAAGGCUGAGCAGGAGAUGGCAAUGGAGGACCUGAGUCCCAGUCACACUGACACGGAGGGGCUUGGGGACGGCAGAGCAGAGGGCUCGAUGAGCCCGGUGGGGGGGAUCCUGUCCCUCCAGCAGCUGGUCCUGCGCCGGGGGCUGGCUGUGAUCGGGGGGCUCCUCAUCCUGGCUGCGGGGAUCAUCGUCAACGUCACUCUCACCGAGUUCACAUGGCACUCCAACAGCACGGUGUCGCCAGACACAGGCAGCAACGCAACACAGCACCGCUUCUAGCACGGCUGUUACAGAGUGGACAAAGAAACUCCCUUUUAUUAACAGACUGCACACCCUGAAAAGAACAAAACUAUAGGCAUCCUGCCUGGCGGAAGUAGAGCACAGAGAAGCUGUUAGAACAGCCUCCCUCUGCUCUGUACUAGUGGCUCUUGUACUCUCUUAACAGCCUCCCUCUGCUCUGUACUGGUGGCUCUUGUACUCUGUUAACAGCCUCCCUCUGCUCUGUACUGGUGGCUCUUGUACUCUCUUAGCAGCCUCCCUCUGCUCUGUACUGGUAGCUCUUGUACUCUCUUAGCAGCCUCCCUCUGCUCUGUACUGGUGGCUCUUGUACUCUCUUAGCAGCCUCCCUCUGCUCUGUACUGGUGGCUCUUGUACUCUCUUAGCAGCCUCCCUCUGCUCUGUACUGGUGGCUCUUGUACUCUCUUAGCAGCCUCCCUCUGCUCUGUACUGGUGGCUCUUGUACUCUCUUAGCAGCCUCCCUCUGCUCUGUACUGGUGGCUCUUGUACUCUCUUAGCAGCCUCCCUCUGCUUUGUACUGGUGGCUCUUGUACUCUCUUAGCAGCCUCCCUCUGCUCUAUACUGGUAGCUCUUGUACUCUGUUAACAGCCUCCCUCUGCUCUGUUCUGGUGGCUCUUAUACUCUAUUAAUAGCCUCCCUAUUCCAGUUUCACUCUUGUGAAGGACCUCUGCUAACUCUUUUUUAGUAUUUGUAUUACGUCUAAAUUAGGUCUAUUCACAGUAACCAAUAUGCGUGACAGAUCUUUUUUUUUUACACACUCAGCUUUAUCUUUUUACUUCAUAUGAUGCAUUAUAACAAAGGUUUCCUAGAUCUAAAAAAUAAAAUAUAAAUAAAAUAAAAUAAAAAUAACUGGGGGUUUUGAGGAGCGGGGUAAAAACAGAAACCAGUGUGUUCCUGAUAAGUGUUUCCAGCAGUGAAUAUUUUACUUUGGUGUUGGAAACAUUGUUAUCAAGAACAAACUGUUUUGUUUUUCAUUUUCUUUUUAUUUGUAAAAACAAAAUUUUACUAAAAAAAUGUUACAAAAAAUCGCCUUAUAGGAAUGUGAAAAACUGGCUACUUUUAAAUUCAUAUCUGUUACUGCUGUGUUUUGUCAUGUAGCCAUUUUUUAUUUUAUGCUAUCUGGAAUGUUCACUGAUAAAUUGAUUCACAGAAAUGCUUGAUUUCGAGAUCGGUAUCAAUAGUUAGCGGCUCUAGUACACUAUAAAAGCAUGGAAGGUUUUUGUAUGUAUAAACCAGCUUGGUGAUUUUAAAAUAAAAAAGAGAAAUGUAACUAAGUAUUUGCACUUGUACGGUAUUGUUGGCUGUAAACCCUAGAAACGUUGGUUGAAAUUGACCGUGAAUGCGUUUUGUUUUGUUUUUUUCGGUGGAAUUAUAAGACUUUGAUUUCUGGUUUGUAUUUUAUUGUAGAAUGAGACUUUGACCUCCUUAGUUGUAUAAUCUCUGUAUCACUGUGACAGUUCAUUUCUAAUUAUGUGAGUCUGAAAAUGCAAAGUAUUGUAGAACAUUCUUCCGCAGUGUCACCUAUUGUAUUAGUGGGAGGCAGAUCCCUGUUCAAAUCAUUCAAAUAAACUCCACUAUGGAGUUCAAACACAUCUUGCUGUGCAAAGUAUUUUAAUAAAAGAGACUACUCACA